AUGAGUAGAUUACCAGAUGAAAUUUUUAUUUCUGUACUGUCUCGCCUGCCGUUGAAGGAGGCUACUGCCACUGCCAUCUUAUCAAGGCGGUGGAGGAACCUGUGGAAGUCCAUUGCUGGGUUAGACUUUAACGGCGAAACCACAUUGGGUGGAAGAGCGAUAUAUCCAAGAUCCCUGAACACAGAAAGAAACAAGUACAUUAAUUGGGUGAAUCGAGUUAUUAGGCAGCAUAAUGGCCCUGCCAUCAUUGCAUUCAAGAUUAGCUUCGAUCUGGGCAAGGGUUCGAAAUCUGCCACUGAUAACUGGAUAAAAGUUGCGCUUUCGAAGAAGGUAAAGAGGCUCGAGCUGGAUUUGUUGGGAUAUGAUGCCAGUAUUCGUGAAGCCAUGUGUAACUAUACAUUCCCGUCUAAGCUUUUCACUAGUAGACAGUCCAAUACCGGCUUGAGGUUUCUAACAGUCCUUUCUUUGAGAUGCGUUAACGUGAGUGAACAAGUGCUGGAGUCUUUCCUUCUACACUGUCCGCUUCUCGAGUUUUUGUCAUUGCAGUGCUCGAGGUGCUUGGUAAAUGUGAAGGUCGUUGGUCCGGCUCUCAAGCUGAACUCCUUGGAGAUUCUCUUCUGCUUGGGCUUAAAAACUAUAGAGCUCCAAGACACAACUCUUUCUUCGUUCUGUUAUUUGGGUCCUGCGGUUACUUUUAUCUUCAAAAAUGUUCCAAAACUUGAAGAGGUCUCGGUGGGUAUGGGCCGUUCUGGAAUCGAGAACAAUGUCUUUGGACAGCUUGACUGCUGCUUUAAUCAGCUGGAGCUUCUAACUUUAGUUAUCUAUCGUCCACAGGCAAACGUUAAUUUCUCAAAUAUUCCCGAACUGCCCAGACUCAAGGAGUUAGUGCUGAAAAUUGGAGCAUUUAGUGAUCAAUCUCUUUUUCAGUUCACAUCAUUGCUGCAACACUCUCCUCGUUUGGAAAGAUUUGUGCUCCAGUUGAUAUGGCGAUAUCCAUUGAUGACCAGGAGAAGGAUGCUCAAGGGCGAGGCGUUUCUUCUCAAUUCGCUCAAGGUUGUGGAGAUUCGCGGGUAUUUUGGGCGCCCUAGCGACGCUUAA